AUGUCCUGUGAUGAUUAUACAAUGCCAAACGAAUGGAACGAUGCUCCAUCCAUUCCUUCUGGUAUCAGUACUGUCCCCACCUUAUACACCACUGUCGCAAACAAUUCUCCAUCCACCUGGCAACCCACCCAACAUCUAUCCCACGAGAACUUCAGUGGUCUGUUUCCUAUACCGGGUGUUCCAUGGAUGCCUUGGAAUCCUUUGAUGGACAUCUCUUCUUUUCCUUGGUUCACCGAGGGCUUGGAGAUUCCACCGGGCUUUCCUAGCCUGCCGGACCUGAUGGAUACAUCUCCGAUAGUAGUUGAGACCGCAGCUUCACCUGCUACCCACAUUGCCACAGUAUCAGCUCCAACCAUACCACUACCGACGACAAUAGAUAACCAUACUGAUCCUGAGACUUAUAUAAACCCCGAACACAUAUGCUCCAGUUACACAAAGCCAUGCCUUCCCUUUCCCAAGCCCCAAGACAUCGGCAUUCAAAUGGCUAGGGCUGAGCUUUUUGGACACAUCCAUGAUAUUCCGCAACAAGCUAUCGAAGGGUUGAAUAAUUUCUACAAGAUACAACAGCGCGACAAAUUCACUGAAGCCAUCCCUCAUGACAUCGUCCAUGCCUUUGUGGAGCUUUACUUUGAGUACUUUGAUCCACAGUUUCCCUUUCUACACCCCUCUCGCGUAGACGACCCAGGCCUGUCAUGGCUUCUACUGUUAGCCGUAGCGGCUGUUGGGAGCCAUUACUCCGAGAUUCAAGUUGCAGAAGAAUAUAAUCUUGCACUUUCUGAUCUGCUCGCUCGAGCUGUCGAACAGAGUCUAUCUAAUCACAUGACACAAGUCGAAUCUGCUACAGUUCAGAGUGUUUUUCUGUUGCAUGUUCUGUGGAUGUUUUCUAAUUCCCACAGAGACAAAGUCGUACUAAAACACAAGCGAAGCAGUCUUUCAACUCUAUGCUGGGACUUGCUUAGCAGGGCGAAUAAACGAAGACACCUAAGUCAACCUGGCGUUAGUACUGAAGGUGCCUGGCAAGCGUGGCUCACUACUGAAAGUGAGAUACGCCUAGUUACGUGUGUUCGACUCCUGGAAUGCCUAGAACAUAUCUUUCUUUUCAUGCCUUUGGCUAUCAACCUUCGUGACGCUACAAAACAGCUACCUUGCGAUGAAAGGGUGUGGAAGACUCGAAAUGCCCUUGAUUGGAAGUCCAAACUCGAGACUUGCGUAGAGGCGCAACCCGUUGUCAGUGGACAAGGCUGUCGUCAUCGUCACUCUAAUGGGCUGUCUACUAAAGAUCCUUUCCCUUGCAAGGUUGCUCUCAUCGAACUAUAUCUCGAUGAGAGGGAUAUUUCCCACCAACUGCUUACAUCCAAGAUUCUACGGUCUUCAUUUGCAUCAUACUUUGACUCAGAGUCAAGUACUGAUACUCAAAAGGCAUUUGAGAAACUUGAUACGAGGAGCCUUAACCCCCAUUUGGACGGAAUCAUCGAUCAAUUGACAUUUGCAAACUCGGGGACUGGAGGAGAUACGAUAUUCCAUUGCAUUUCGAUUUUACGACUGAUACCAGUACCACUGGAAACACUACAUUUCGCCACUGGAUGGCAGGCAAAUAAGGAACAGAUGCUGGAGUCGAAGAUGCGCCUUAAAGACUUUUUCCAGAAUAACAGUUCCAAGGCGCGAAAGGCUUUGUGGCAUGCGGUUUGCAUAUUCAAGACAACCCGAAACUCACAACGUCUCAUGUGCUACGACGCAUUUAGCCUUAUCUCGGCCAUGGGUUACAUAUACUCUUAUAGCGAAGCACAAUCUUCAAUAUCAGACGCUUCUCCAGGUUCACAGAAGUCGACUCGUCCACCGAUCGUUCGACUCGACCAGCUUAACGAGAAGUCAGACGUUGAACGGUGGAUUGAUAACGACUCUGAAAGUUUGGUCCAUUUAACUGGAGUAGGAUUGCUUGACGGUUCUGAUCAUUGUGUCCGCUUCCUUCGAGAUAUUGAAAAGACAUUCUCCUCUCAAAUUGCUUGGAGGGGGUUUUGUCGUAUCCUAGCUACUUGCCUUUCCCAGUUAAUGCGGGGUGAGAUGCCCUAUUCACAAGAUUAUAACAAGCAUUAUAGAUAG